UGGGGAGCGGACACGAACGCGGUGCCCUCGGGACACUGAGCUGCAGCCACGGGGAGGGGACACCGGGAUGGGGACACCCACCGUGCCAGGGGACACGGAAACCACAGAGACGCCCGCCGGCUCCCACCCGGCCCCUCCCCCUCGGGGGGGUCCCUGUGCUGCCGGGGGGGGGGUCUAUGAGCAUACGCGAAUGUCCCCCCACCCCGCGGGUCACCGGGGCCAUCGGGACACUCAGCCAGUGCCAGGGGGAUGCUCAGUACCCCAAGAAAGGACCGGGGGGUCUGGCAAGGGUCAGCGGGUGCUGAUUUGGGGGUGCUGCCCCCCUACCACCCCGGGAGCGGCUACGCCCUGCCGGGGUGACACGGGACAGCCGGACCCGCCUGUUCCUCUUCCCCACACCAGGCAGCAGCGGCCGGAGCGCAGGCUCCCGGUGCAGCGCGGGGACCAUGGGGCUCCCUGCGGCCCUGCUGCUGCUGCUGCUGCGCCCCGUCACCCCCUUUACCCUCGUGAUCCCCGUCACCCCCGUCACCCCCGUCACCCCCUGUUCGGCCUUGCUGCCGGACACUUCCGAAGACCUGGACCUGAGCAACCGGAGCCGUGGAUGUGCCGAGCUGGACUGGAGCCGGUUCCACCGGCAGCGCCGGCUGGUGCUGAGGCACAACGGCAUCGAGGCCCUGAGCCCCCGGUCCCGCCUCGGGCCCAGGAUGGAGGAGCUGGACCUGGCGGAGAACCGGCUGCGGGAGCUGCCCCGCGGCUUCUUCGCCAACGCCACGGCCCUGCGGAGCCUGCGGCUGGAGGGGAACCCCCUCCCCGCCGUGCCCCCCGCCGCCUUCCAGCCCACGCUGAGCUCCCUGUCCGUGUCCUGCCGCUGUGACCUGCUGGGCACCGUCCUGGCCCCCUGCUCCCGCUCGGGGAUCCACUGCGUCUGCCUCACCUCCCACCGGCAUCGCUUCAACAUCACCGACUUCCACGGCCGGGAGUGCGGGCCCGGUGCGGGGCUGCUGGCCGGGCUGGCCGGGGCUGCGGGGGCCGUGCUGGCGGCUCUGGGCGCCGCCGCCGCCGUUCGGUACCGGCGGAGGAGAGCGGCGGCCGCGGUGGCCGGAGUGGGAAGGGGGAAGGAGGAUCCCCCCGGAAACCUCCGGCAGCCCCGCUACAUCAGCCGGGACACCGGGGCCGGCACCGCCGAUGUCACCGACGCCCCCGACUACGAGAACGUCUUCGUGUGUCCCGGCACGGCCCCGGGAUGGGCACCGGGAUGGCAGGAACAGCGCUACAGCCCGCAGGUCCUGGAAGAUGAGGAUUAUUUCCUGGAGAGCGCAGCUGACCCCGGGGACCAGCCCAUCUACGCCAACACUCUGGGCCCCACCGAGGACAUCUACAUCAUUCCUGACCAGUGAGGGGCUGGGGGGACACUGGGAGGGCUGGGGGGACGCUCUCUGUCCCCCACUGAUGCCCCGUCCCGGCUGUCCCAGAGGGGACAGGGACAUUCCCCGCAGCCGUGGGGGUCCCGCGUGCUUCCCGCACACUCAUCCCGUGAGAACGCCCUUGCAGGGGGAUUUUUUGAACAGCCCCAGUCCCCUCCUUCGCCCCAGUUCUCACACCGGGGUGAGGGCUGAGCUGACAUUUCCUCCCGGGGCUGCGGCCACCGACCGCGGGGACGCCGCAUCCGCCGGCACCGGAGCCUCGGGGCCGGGACACGCUCGGGGUCCCUGGGGGCGGCCGGAGGAGCUGGGGCUGACCACGGCCCUGGCUUCCUCUUCCCCUUCUGGGGCCGAUGGAGAGCCGAGUGUGAGCUCGCCUGGGGACGUGCUGGCGGUUGGGGACAUCCGGUGCCACCUGCGCCCUCUGUUCCUGCUGAAUCCGCCACUUUGGGGAACUAAAAAUGCUCCUUUUUUUAAUCCUCCUGGUGGCACCCCGAGCUGUUGGGUGCCAUGGGGGCAUAGGGCACCCAUGGCUUGUCUGGGAGUCACCUCAGCCCCUGGGAGGUUUCACUGUGCCCCAUUAAACGGUUUAAUUAUCUCUAAUUACUCACCUAGCUCGUGAUCUGUGGGUAACCCUGGGGUUUCCCACAGGGAUAGCCCCUGGAACUCUCUGUGUCCCCAAAGUGGGGGUCCCAAGGGACCAGGACCCUCAAGGAUAUCUCCUCAAAGCAGGGGGUCCUAAAGGACCAGGACCCUCAGGGACAGGUCCCCAGAGCUCGUGUCCCCAAAGUGGGGGUCCCAAGGGACCAAGACCAGGUCCCUCAAGCCCCUGUCCCCAGAGGAGCCAUCUCCAGAGCUUGAAUCCCUCAGUCCCUGGUCCCCAGACCCCCAUCCCAGAGCAGAGAUCCCAAAUUCCACCUCCCCCACACCCAGGUCCCCACCAGGAGCUGCUGGGGGACUGCCCAGGACACCCCAGGUGACACUGGAAGAGGGGACAGAAGGGAGCUGUGACCAGCAGAGCCAUCCCACUGAGCCAUGGGGAGUCCCGGGGGGUCCAAGGGGGGUUUCCCGUCCCUUUUGGUGGUCCCAGGGCUGGGAAAUGGGGCAAUGGUCACCUCCCGGCUGGGUGUCACCCGCAGGGGUCAGGGCUGUGCCUUCCCAAGGACACAAACAACUCAAAGGUCUCUGGGAGCAGUGCCCGGGCAUUACUCACAUGCUGGCACUGGGAAUUCCGUGAGGAUUUACCAGCAAAUCCAUGUGGAGUCAGAUCCCAGGGGAGCUGAGGGUCCGAGGAGCAGGGGUACAGUCAGAGACCCCCAGAAUCCCCGUUACAAUCACUUUAUUCAUUAUUAUUACAUCCUUCUGAUUUUAUAGAAAUAUUUAAAAUAGAAAACCACAAAACCCCCUUCCUCUUCACCCCCUAAAAAAGGAUAUUUUUCUAUAAAAUACAAUAAGUUAGAAAUAAAUAACUUGCAUAAAUAA